AUGUCGGCCUCUAGUGUCCACCAGGACGUUGAAACGGGCUCCUUGAAGCUCGAUACGAAAAAGGCCCUGCUGUCCAACUCCAAAUCAAAAUUAGCCUCACCAUUCCCUUCCCCCACCGAUACCAAACAACCGGCCUCCGUCAGGAACAGCCAAGGCACGGACGAGAACCAGGGGACUGGCACGCGAGCAGAGAAGGAAAACACGCGUCCGGCUUCUCUUAAACAUGGCUCGCCGAGAGGCAGGUCCUCCCUGAGCACACGACCCCCGAACCGAUCAACCGACGACCCACAACAACCAUUCACUCGCCAUCAGCGCCAGUCCUCUGUCCCUGGAGUAUCUCCCCCGUCACGCGCCCAGAGUGUCCAAUUCCGCGAUACCGAUACCGAGCUUCCCGAAGCAUCCCAGUCCCGACCUCAGUCCCGACCCGUCUCUCAACAUGGGGACGAGGAAGAUCAGGGCCCGAGAGGGAAACAGUCAUUGUUUGGCAAGCUCAAGUCCCUCGCCGCAGUCUCUCACUCAAGAUCACCAAGCAGUGCGAGUGCGGAUUUCCGACCAACUCAGGCCGACCUAGCGACCCCGGGCUCGGAAAGAGGAGAAUUCAGAUUCCCGGAGCCUCUAGAAGAGGAGGGAAGCGAGGGGGACGCCGAUGCGGAAGAAAGCGGAGGCGAGCAGCGCGAUUCUCGACCCAAAAAGAGAAAGCAGAAGCGAAGAAAGCAGCAGGAGAACGAAGACGGGGUGCAGACAGCACCGGGAACCCCUAAAACGGGACGCAGGCCAUCGUUCCACUUCUCCUCUUCAUUUGCUCCGUUCGAAAACUACAGAACCAAUUUGUUCCCCCGGCGAGCAAGCACAACUGACUUCACACCCCAGCCCCGGGAGGGCGUUUCAGAGGACGAAGGACGGGAGAGGCUGAGCCGCCGCAUGAGGAGCCACGACCAGCGGCCGUCGAAUCUACGGCGAUUGACAGGGUUCGCCGGACAAGGAAACGAAGAGAGCUUGACAGCGAGUUGGAGACGUCAUCGAAACGAGCGAGGCACCAGUGCCAGUGCGCAGCGAUGGAAGCAGAUCAAAGCAGGUCUCAAGCUCAUCGGCCAGCGACGAAAGCCAGAAAACACGGUGGACAACAAAAAGUCCGCUGAGCUGCUCGCCGAACUUGCUUCUGCCGUACCGGCUGCAUUGAUCUUGGCCAGUGCAUUCCAGCGUGACGAGCAUGGCAGUAAAAGGAUCCCAAUUCUCCUCGAGCAACUGAAAGUUCGGGUCACCGACAGCCGAAUUGACUCUCACUCGGGCGAUCGUCACCUGGUAUUCCGAGUUGAAAUGGAGUACGGUAGCGGCAUGACACGAAUGAAGUGGAUUAUCUUCCGUACACUGCGAGACUUUGCCAACCUCCAUCUCAAGUACAAGCUUCAUCUUGGAACUCAAAAGUACAUUCAACUUCGCACGAGCGAGAACAGCCCCAGUCUCCCCCGUUUCCCCCGAAGCGCCUUUCCCUACAUGCGAGGCGUUCGAGGUCUGGAGAGUGAGUUCGAAGAUGAGGACGAGGAGGGUGGCUAUGAAACCGGUGCUGAAGGUAUGAGCGGAACGGAGAGGCCGCCCAUUAAGAAAAAGCAGAGCCAGCAGCCACAUCAGCGUCGCCCUUCUGGUCCGCUUGCUCGCAGGAAGUCCAGCAUUACCAACCAAGAAGGUGAAUCUGCUGCCGGAGCAGGAGGACCUUCGUCCACCCAUGAAGGUGUCUCAGGUGCCAGGAAAGAGACGUACCCUGGGAAACAGCGCAAGAAGCUAGAGCUUUACUUGCAGAAGAUGAUCAGGUUCUUGAUCUUCAGAGCUGACAGCAACCGGCUGUGCAAAUUUUUGGAAUUAUCCGCUCUGGGUGUCCGAUUGGCCGCAGAAGGCAGCUAUCACGGCAAAGAAGGGUUCUUGAUCAUCCAAUCCUCCAAGGGCCUUGAUUUCCGCAAGGCACUCACUCCGUCCUUAGUCAAGAAACGCCAUUGGCCGAAAUGGUUUUUGGUCAGGCACAGCUACGUUGUCUGUGUGGACUCUCCAGAGGAGAUGAACAUCUAUGAUGUCUUUUUGGUGGAUUCCAACUUCAAGAUCCAGACACCGAAACUGAGCCUCCGUAAUCAGAACCCCAAGGAUCUUGCUAAAUCCGCCAAGCAGUCGGCCAGGCACCCUCAGCAUCACACUCUUCGACUCGAGAAUUCUGAGCGCAAAUUGAAACUCCUGGCCCGCAACGAGCGUCAAUUGCAGCAGUUUGAAGACUCGAUCCGCUUCAUGGUUGCCAACACCCCAUGGAUGCGUCCUAAUCGAUUUGACAGCUUUGCUCCUGUUCGACAAAACUGUUUCGCGCAGUGGCUAGUUGACGCACGAGACCACAUGUGGGUUGUGUCGCGAGCCAUCAACCAGGCUAAGGACGUCAUCUACAUCCACGACUGGUGGCUCAGUCCAGAACUAUACAUGCGUCGUCCCGCUGCCAUCAGUCAAAAAUGGCGAUUGGACCGCCUCUUGCAGCAGAAAGCACGGGAGGGCAUCAAGGUGUUUGUGAUCAUGUAUCGCAACAUCAACUCCGCCAUUCCCAUUGACUCGGAGUAUUCCAAGUUUUCCCUUCUCGACCUCCACCCCAACAUCUUCGUCCAACGUUCACCAAACCAGUUCCGCCAGAACACUUUCUUCUGGGCUCAUCACGAGAAGCUUUGCCUCAUUGACCAUACUAUUGCCUUCGUUGGUGGCAUUGAUCUCUGCUUUGGACGUUGGGAUACUCCUCAACACCAGCUGACUGAUGAUAAGCCUACCGGAUUUGAGACCACAGAUGGACCCAAAGACGCAGACCACUGUCAGCUUUGGCCAGGCAAGGAUUACUCCAAUCCUAGAAUUCAGGAUUUCUAUGAUUUGGACAAGCCGUAUGAGGAGAUGUACGACCGCAAUGUUGUGCCAAGAAUGCCCUGGCACGACAUCUCCAUGCACGUCGUAGGCCAGCCUGCUCGUGAUCUCACCCGUCAUUUCGUGCAACGUUGGAACUACAUUUUGCGCCAGCGGAAGCCUACGCGGCCGACACCCUUCCUACUGCCGCCCCCGGAUUUCAAUCCCGCCGAUCUCGAGGCUUUGGGUCUGGAUGGAACCUGUGAGGUGCAGAUCCUACGAUCCAGUAGCAUGUGGUCCACAGGUACCCCUGAUGUCACCGAACACAGUAUCAUGAACGCCUACGUGAAAAUGAUCGAAGAGUCCGAACAUUUCGUGUAUAUUGAAAACCAAUUCUUCAUCAGUACUUGCGAGAUCGAUGGUCGGAAGAUUGAGAACCUCAUUGGAGACGCUUUGGUCGAGCGUAUUGUUCGAGCAGCCAAGAACGAGGAGGCAUGGCGUGCUGUCAUUGUCAUCCCAUUGAUGCCAGGCUUCCAGAACACUGUCGAUAGCGAGGGUGGAACAAGUGUCCGUCUUAUCAUGCAGUGUCAAUACCGCAGUAUCUGCCGUGGAGAGACAUCCAUCUUCGGUCGUCUUCGUGCGCUCGGUAUUGACCCAGAAGAUUACAUCCAAUUCUUCAGUCUUCGAACUUGGGGCAAGAUUGGGCCGCAGAAGACACUGGUGACUGAACAACUUUACAUCCACGCCAAGUGCAUGGUUGUCGAUGAUCGUGCUGCCAUCAUUGGAUCAGCAAACAUCAACGAACGAUCGAUGUUGGGUUCACGAGACUCCGAGGUCGCAUCCAUUGUCCGAGAUACCGACAUGAUCAUGUCAAGCAUGAACGGCAAGCCUUAUCUCGUCGGACGAUUCCCCCAUACUUUGCGUAUGCGUUUGAUGAGAGAACAUCUUGGAAUUGAUGUAGACGAGCUCAUGGAGCAUGACUUUGCCACAGAAGAGGAGUUGCGCAAAAUCGAGGUCGCCGAAGGGGCUGGUCGCCCUGCCAAUGACCGCGAGCACCGAAAUUCAGGCUCCUCGGUCGCUGAACGGCAGGAUGAGAGGGAAAUGGUUGAACGUCGACACCGUGUUCAAGACGAGUUCCUUUCUCGCUCUGAGGCGAUGUACAGCUUCAAUCACGACGUGGACUGGGAGCAGGGUGCUAACCCUAAUCUGAAAUCGAAUCGGAAGCUCACUGCUGACCCGCGAGUGACAGACAACUCAGAGCACAGGAAGGACGUCGAAGGUGAUGGCCACGAUCGACUGACGGCUGCUGCUCAGGCUGGGCUCGAUAAUGCGCGUGAUUCUGAUAUGAAGAAUGGACGAGAGACACUGCUUUCCCCCAUCGCUUCAGAGGGCAGAGGCACCCUUGAGCGCCCGAGGCCAUCAUCGCAACAAAAGUCAUCUCGAACGUCUUCCACUGGUCAAGACCGGCACCCCGGGUCUGCGGGCGAAGCCCACACCUCAGAGACCAAUGGAGAUGCCACCACGCAACGCCAUGGGGCCUCUGGAUCAUCAUCCCGCGAGUCCGAGACAAAUGGUACCGGGCUGACUGUUUCCAGAGAAGAGACUGAAGAAACUAAGAACCAUCAUCCAUCCGCCCCGGAUCUUAAGCGCAUCUUCAUUGACAACGACUGCAUGAGAGACCCAGUCAUCGACGGCUUCUACCUUGACACUUGGCAAGCUGUUGCCGAGAAGAACACCAAGAUUUACCGCUCUGUCUUCCGAUGCAUGCCGGACAACGAGGUCAAAUCCUGGAAGGAAUACAAAGAGUACGCCGCAUAUGGAGAGCGGUUUGCCGAAAUGCAGAGCCAGCAGGACCCCAAGAGCCCGCAAACCAUCGAUGAGAAGAUCGGAUCUGGGAAUGAUUCCGCCCGCCCUCUAUCAGAGAACCUGGCACAGCAGGAGACUUUGUCAUCGAUUGAUGAAAAGGCCGCCCUUAAGACUGCAUCAGACCCAAACCUGUUGAGCAGUGCUUCGAACGGAGCGGGCAACGACGACGCUGUCGCCGGCGAAGACUCUGAAAAGCCACGAUCAGCUUCAGCCCAAGUUGACUAUUCUGAAGCUGUGAACCUGAACCUGAACUCUACCAGUCAGUCUCGCAGGCGCAGGCGCAGAGCUACAACCAUUGGCUCUAAGCGGGACCCUCUUGGUGGAGACGAGUUCAUGGACAAAGGUCGUGCCGAGGACCUUCUCAACAAGACUCAGGGCCAUCUCAUCCUGUGGCCGUAUGAUUGGCUGGAAAAGGAAGAGCAAGGGGGAAAUUGGCUCUACGCUUUGGAUCAGAUUUCCCCAUUGGAGAUUUAUAACUAA